GACCCGUAAAAUUCGUAAUUUUUUCGGGGCCUAAAGCGGCCAUACCUCGAGCUUCAACCUAGGGCCCGUAAGAAAAACCAGUCCCAAACCUGACCCAUUGCUACUGCUACAUUCAAAUGAGCGGUUGUCGUAGAAGAUAUGUGCGCAUGCAAUUGAAUUUGAAACUGCAAGCAGAGAAUCCGCUGAUAGAUAAGUACAAAAACAUGGAUUAUUAGCCAAGUGUGAGAAUUCAUUGGCAAGUGCCAAUUUGAACACCAAAGCAAUGCCUACCUGCCGCCAUGCAUGUACGUAUUCACAAACAUCUUAAUUGCGUUUCUGUGUGUGUGUGUGUGUAAGAGAGAGAGAGAGAGAGAGAGAGAGAGAGAGAGAGAGAGAGAUGCUUCAACCAUGUUCAUUCGUCCUCCCUCUGAAAUCCUGUGUCCAAGAUAAAGCAGGUUCUGUUACACAAAUUCAACUCCCAGUGAGGCAGAUACAAAACAUUACAUAUAGCCACAGCUUGAAGAAGCGUUUCAGAUGCCGUUGCUUCAGAUUUUUAACUCAUUUACAUGUAAAUGUCACGAGUAGUGAGAUUAAAGCAAGCAGAAAGUCGUUGGAAAGCUUCAUCUCAGGAGAUGAGUAUCCAUCAACAACACCGAAGGACGAUCAUCCGGGAUCAAAUCAAAGUGAUAUAUGCAAGAACUUGAACGCCUUCUACCAAUUUUCUCGUCCACACACUGUUAUUGGCACUCUUAUAGGAAUAACAUCUGUCUCUCUUCUACCUUUGGAAUCAACUGCUGAUAUUUCCGUCCAAUUUUUUGUGGGACUACUGAAGGCAUUAGUGCCGUCAGUCCUAAUGAACAUCUAUGUGGUCGGACUUAAUCAGCUGUUUGAUGUUGAUAUAGACAAGGUGAAUAAACCUCAUCUUCCACUAGCUUCUGGAGAAUUUUCAAUGGAGUUAGGAUGGGCAAUUGUGUCCACAUUUCUUCUAAUGAGUUUCACUUUGGGAAUCAUGUUUCAGUCGCCGCCAUUACUCUGUGCCCUUAUUGUAAGUUUUCUACUGGGAAGUGCAUAUUCUAUUGAGCUCCCCUUUCUCAGAUGGAAAAGAAACGCAUUUCUCGCUGCAACAUGCAUCUUGAUUGUGAGGGCAGUCGUCGUUCAACUGGCCUUUUUCAUUCACAUCCAGAAAUAUGUGCUCGGUAGACCGAUAAUGCUUACAAAAUCAUUCGCGUUUGCAGUUGCUUUCAUGUGCUUGUUCUCGACUAUUAUUGCACUAUUCAAGGACAUACCAGACGUGGAUGGCGAUAGAGACUAUGGAAUUCAAUCAUUCAGUGUCAGACUAGGGCAAGAAAAAGUAUUUUGGCUUUGCAUUAGCUUGCUAUUGAUAGGAUAUGGAUCUGCAAUGGCGAUUGGAGCUUCUUCUUCCUUCUUAGCCACCAAGCUUAUCACUGUACUAGGCCACUGUGCACUAGCUUCAUCUCUUUGGCUCCGAGCUCGAUCUGUUGAUCUUGACAGCAAAGAAUCGAUAACUUCACUUUACAUGUUCAUAUGGAAGCUAUUCUACGCCGAAUACCUUCUUAUUCCUUUCAUCCGUUGAGAGAGUCUGUUUCUUCGGACGCCUAAAGCUGACCCCCGAUGCUCGAUGUUUAGGGCUGAUUUGUGUCAAUUUGUUUGAUGUUGAUCGCAACUCGUACCGCAGUUUUGUUGGACACUGAUGUUGUAAUACAAAACCAUCUUUUUUUGGCUUCAGUUUCUAAGGCAGGAUAGGAUGGCUUCAGAGUGCUAGGCCAAGAGUAUUAUGUGCUUUGUUUACCAGAAUUAGUUGAU